AUGUACAUGUUGUUGGAUUUUAAGAGUCUUUAUUAUGGAGGCCAUAUACAGUUGGAUCUCCUCUCUACAUCACAUCAUCCUCAAAUCCACCGUCUCGAGCCAGCCUCCACGUUUUCUUCACCCUCCGCCGUCAUGGAUGGUCUUCCAACCCUUAAAACCAAGCUUUGCAUCGUCGGGAGUGGCCCGGCGGCACACACGGCGGCGAUCUAUGCGGCUAGGGCGCAGCUUGAGCCUCUUCUCUUCGAAGGAUGGAUGGCUAACGGUAUCGCUCCCGGCGGCCAGUUAACUACAACCACCGACGUCGAGAACUUUCCUGGAUUCCCCCAAGGUAUUCUCGGCCUGGAUAUCGUCGAAAAAUUCCGGGAGCAGUCGCUGAGAUUCGGUACCGAGAUUUUCACGGAGACUGUCGAAAAGGUUGAUUUCUCGUCAAAGCCGUUCAAGCUAGUCGCCGAUUCAAGAACUGUCCUCGCUGACGCUGUAAUCAUUUCAACGGGAGCUGUAGCCAAGCGGCUCAGCUUCCCUGGAUCUGGUGAUGACGCUGGUGGUUUCUGGAACCGCGGGAUCUCCGCUUGUGCUGUAUGCGACGGAGCUGCUCCGAUUUUCAGGAACAAACCUCUGGUGGUUAUCGGCGGCGGAGAUUCAGCCAUGGAGGAGGCGAAUUUUCUCACCAAGUACGGAUCUAAAGUGUACAUAAUCCACAGGCGGGACACGUUCAGGGCGUCUAAGAUCAUGCAGCAGAGGGCGCUGUCAAACACUAAGAUCGAGGUGAUAUGGAACUCUUCGGUGGUGGAGGCAUACGGAGACGAACCCGAAAAACGCCUUCUCGGAGGAGUGAAGGUGAAGAACGUCGUGACCGGAGAUGUGUCCGAUCUGAAAGUCUCGGGACUGUUCUUCGCCAUUGGUCAUGAGCCAGCGACGAAGUUCUUGGAUGGACAGCUUGAGCUUGACGAAGAUGGUUAUGUAUUGACCAAGCCUGGUACCACAAAGACGAGCGUGGUCGGUGUAUUCGCCGCCGGAGAUGUCCAAGACAAGAAGUAUAGGCAGGCCAUCACUGCUGCUGGGUCUGGAUGCAUGGCGGCUUUGGAUGCAGAGCAUUACUUACAGGAGAUUGGAUCUCAGGAGGGUAAUAGUGAUUAG